GCACAUAUGUUAUUUGUCGUACUCUUCUUCUUACAUCUGCGGUCGCAUGGCCCGGGAAUUAAGUGUUGGUAUUUUAACCGAAAAAUUGAAAAGGAAUGCUUAACGAACAUAUGCUGAAAGAAAUGCAGCUGAGUUUCCAGCUCACCGAACAGCGAGAAAUAGCCUCUGGUCGCCGUAAGCCGGAAACCCCACAGCACCGUCCAGCUGCUCCAAAACAAAAAGUUAUUUCAAAGGUGGCCAGCGAACCCGCAAAGAUUUCGGAACAAAUGAUUCAAAAAGCCCAGAUGGAGUCGCCCAACAAAUCCAAGAAAAAUAAGACAGCCGGCAAAAAGAGGCCUCUUUUCAAUAAGGAGUCGAAACCAGAAAGUCCUCCAUGCCAAAAGAGGCUUAAGAAGGAAACGAAUUUACCUAUAGAGAAUCCUGUAAACAAAACCCAAACUGUUGCAGCUAAGAAAUCUGCCACAAAAAUUAAAAGUUCGAAGCUUCCUAGUCCUAAGGCUCAUAAGAUAAACGAAUCAGAUCAGAAGAAACCCAAAGUUAAAACGCCAAAUAAAGCCAAAGAAGCAAGUUUACCUAAGAAGCAAAAGGUAAAUGGAGACAAGAGCUCAAAGACGCUUGUACAAAAUGGUCAAGUAGUCAAGACUUUUAAGAUAAAUGGCACUGGAGUGGAAUCAAGUGAUCUUAAAAUUAAUUCAAUGGACGAUUGGAGUGAAGAAGACGAUUAUUUAAUGGAAAGUGGCUCUGAAAGCGAUGUAAUUGAAGAAAUAGACGAGACAUUUUUGAAAGACCCGAAGGUCUUUAAAGUUAAAUCUAAAGGCAGACAAAUCGAUGUAAUAGACAUUCUUCCUCCUUUUGAAGUUGAUGAAUACCAACCUCUUUUGCUGGAAGGAGAUGGCAGAGGAACAGUUAAGAAGAUUAAGGUCUUUAAGAGUGCACAGGAAGAAACUGACAGCGACGAAGAGGAUAAUGAUUAUGAGCCACAAGAUAGCGAGGACUUUGUGUCUGAGGAAUUCGACAGCGAAGAGUCUGACAGUGAAGACACAAGCAGCGCAGACUUUGACAGUAAUGAAGAUUUCUACAGUGAAGAUAGCGAAGGAGAGGAGGAAUUUGACGUGGAUGACGAUUUCGACAGUGAAGAUAGCGAUAGUGAAGAAUUUGGAAGCGAUAUCUUCGAUAGCGACGACCUCGACUCAACGUAUGAGCCACCUGAUAUUGAGGGAUUCUUUGAUGAUCCACCUUUCGGUACGCAAAGGGAGCCCCUUAUUAUAGAGGAGAUCUUUGAUGAUCCUCCUGUUGAUAAAAAUCAGAAAGAACUGGUUAGUUAUAAGCCUAAGGUACAAGAACGUAUAAAAGAGUCAAGUGCUGUGGAGAUGGUGGCAGAACACUCAAUCGUUGUGCCCCCAGAAGAAGAUUCGAUUGAAGAAACUCCUAGCAUUGCUAUAAAGGACCCUGAAGCUGCAAUAGAAACCGAGGAGAAUGCCGAGGUACCACUGCCUGAAGUUGUAGCACCCGAAAAGCAACAUGAUAGUCAACCAAGCGAUACCGCGUUUUACAGAAAUCCGCAAGCAAAUCGCACUGAGCUCAGCGUCUUUGAGAAUAGUCUAAAGAGCAAUCAUGUGCUGGCCGUGGUUAAAGAGGACAUCGAAGUGUAUGGCACACUAGUGCUCACUUUGCUUAGUGGUCAAGUAUCAGUGAAUGGUUACAAAGCACGCAGGCAGGAACCAAUCACCGUUUAUUCUCCCAAAGGCCUGAAUUGGGUUUCUAUUUCACCAACGAAGACAAAAAAACCUCCAAAGGAUGAGGUGAAUUGGGACGAGCUAAACAAGAACUUUACACGCGUCCAGCUAGACAGGAUUAAGAGCAGCUUUCAGAGUCAGGCGAAUGCAAUAGUUCUGCUGCACCGAAACACAAGUGCACAGCGACUCGUCGACACCUUUGGCAAGCACAUGUCGCAAAAUGUGUUCCCACUGGUCAAUCCUUCAAAUCGACCAUUUAACCAAAGUGAAACCUUGUUGCACUGUCUGAUUCAAUCAUCCGAUCUAAGUCGCACUCUGCAGGUCCCGCAGGUAUGGAAUAAGUUAAAAGUGCAUGCCACGAGCCGGAUUAUCGUAGCCGGUGGUAAGGGCGUCGGAAAGUCUAGUUUAUUGCGUUACCUCAUCAAUCGAAAUCUUGGCCAGUUUCCAUCCGUUUUGCUCAUCGACCUGGACAUUGGUCAGCCGGAAAUAUUUGUUCCCCAGACUAUUUCUUGCACUGUAAUUGAUGAGCCUCUUCUGGGACCGGGAUUCCUGUAUAACAGGCAGCCGGAACAUGCCAUUGUCGUGGGCCACACCAACAUUGUCCUGUGCGCUGAGCAGUAUGCACGAGCAGUCAUCCAGCUUGUCCAGAACAUUCAGAACGAUGCCAAGUAUUCAAAUAUUCCUUGGCUGAUAAAUACUAUGGGCUACAACAAGGGAUUUGGUAUCGAAUUGAUGGCCCUGCUGGUGGAUCGCAUACGUCCCACCGAUCUUGUACAAAUUGCCAGUCCAAUUCCAAUCAAUAACUUCGAUUCGGCCCUCGACUGGAGCAGUCUGUCGCAGAUAAAACCCAUUAUAUACUCGGCGGAGGAGUUCAGGGUCAAGGAAAUACCAAAAUACACACUCCAUAAGCUGCUCAGUGCGGUGCCAGCAAAGGAAAAAGGAACCUGGAGUCUCAGCGCCAAGGACAUGCGGUACUCUAAUCUACUGGCACGUCUCAGUUUGUGUCUGACCGGAAAUGCCAAAUCGCUCACAGACUGCCAGCCGUUGGGAGUGCGUUUGGAGUCCCUGAAGAUCCUGCAUCCCACCAGCAAGGAUUACACGCGCGAGGAACUGAUUCGAGGCAUGGAGGCCAAUGUGGUAUAUCUGUGCAAUUACGGGGCAGGUUUGCCCCAAUGUUUGGGAAUAGGUGUGGUUCGUGCCAUCGACUACGACCGAAAGGAGUUAUUCCUGGUGCCAGCAAUGUCCAUACAGAAGAUGUCCCAGGUGGAUUGUCUUAUCCUCGGCGGAGAACUGACCCUGCCGCAGGGCUACUUCCGCGAUCAGGGACAGGAUGUGUCCAGCAGUGUGCCCUUCGUGUUCAUCCUUGACGAUUCGAAAUCUUCGAAGAGUAUUCAGCAGAUCUACCAUCGAUCGCCAGCCUUCCUGGGAGUACCGGCAAAUCAGCGAAACGGAAACUGAUCAUACUGAAGCAAUCAAAAAAGAUGAUAUGUAAAUAAAGUUAGGUUUAUUAACACAA